AUGAGGGGCACGGCAGAACCGGACGACACUGUUACUGAAGUACUACACAGUUGUAGAAGAACGGAGUAUGAUGUAGGAGGUCCGCUACUGGUGAACGCGCAGCAGGUGGGAGUCGCCUCCUGGGAUGGUUACGACUGUGCCACUGCAGGCUCGCCAGGUGUCUAUGCUGAAGUUUCCUACUACGUCGACUGGAUCAGUCAGAACGCAGUAUACGGUGCGGGGUCCAUCACCGUCCAUGCGGGCUCCACGUCAAGCACCAGCUCUGGUACUACGGUGGGAGUGAGCACCACCAUCAUCAACGACAGCUUUGACAAUCUGGAAUACACGGACGAUAUCGCCCUGCUCGGGCUGUCGCAGUCGCUGUCUUUCUCGUCGACCAUAGCGGCCGUCUCCCUUCCCUCAUCCGGUCAGCAGACAUCCGCCGGCGCCACUGGCACUGUGGUUGGCUGGGGAUCCACCUCCAAGUCAUCCGCUGUCAGCAGCCUGCGCAAGGUCAACGUCGCCGUGUGGUCGGACUCGGACUGCCAGUCGACGUACUCGGACUACAUCUACCUCUUUAUGCCGGCCAUGAACAUCUGCGCAGGAGACUCAGGCAAAGGGUCAUGCGAUGGUGACGACGGUGGCCCCCUACUGGUGAACGGCCAACAGGUGGGAAUCUCCUCGUGGAAUGGGUACGAUUGUGCCACUUCACAGUAUCCAGGUGUCUUUGUUGAAGUUUCCUACUACGUCGACUGGAUCAAUCAGAAUACACGAUGA